AUGCGCAUGGAGUCGAAUGAAACGGUUCCAUCAGAGCCAGUCAAGGUCAGACCUACGACAUACGUGAAAGUCUUGACGCUCACAUGUUUGGCUAUGUAUCCUUUUUUCGCGCUGCUCACAAGCAAGUUGGAAACUGGAGGUUUCGUGCCGUGUGCUGAAGAAUGUGUUUUCAUGCGAUAUUCUGGUGUUCCUCACCUGCCAUCAACUGCUGCUGAGAAUGUGGAGCUCACUACAGGGAAGCCAGGUGGUUGGUGGGCAGGGUUUCCAUUGUUUGUGUCCGUCCGCAAUGGCCAUGGCAUCCGAGCAAGCUAUCCUCCGGUUUCUUCGCUGCAGACAUGGCUCCUGACACCAGGAGCUGUUCUCACUGUGGGCCCAUGGGUGUACACAUCUGCGGCAUUGAAAUGGGACAGCUCCAACCAGGUGGCCUUUCCAGACACUGAAGAGGUCAAUGAUCCGGAUCAGUGCGAACAUAAGCACGUGCGUCAACACAUCGACAACCACCUGGCCGGAAAUCCCAGCAAAUACCUUUGUUUGUUGGGACUUGUCCUUUGGGCCACGUGUAAUGUAGCACAUGACUGGGCCCUUCUUUAUGGAUGCGAGGAACGCAUUACGCUCAAGAUUGCACACGCAUCCUGGUGUUGUCAGGCUAUGUCUUGCGUGGCUACUUUCAUGUGGAGCACUGGUGCUGCGGAAGUCUUUGUCGCCCCAUCGUUCGGAUGCUAUUACCAGUUAGAUGUUUGGGAGACGAUCCUCAUUGCACUUCCGCCAUUCAUUCUCCUUGCAGCCACUGAAGUCAAACGUGGGGCACUCGUCUUAUCGGUGUGUCAUGGUGACUACUUAUUUUCAGUCAACUACCAGCUUCCGUUCAGGAUGGUUCGUUCUACACGUCCUUCCAGUCCUGCGGGGACAUUGUUGACAAUAGGGCUGCACGGAGACCGGCAAUGGUCGAGUUGGCCUUUCGUGAAAGCGCGGAGUACCCCAACUUUAUUGGAUUCUUCGUCUGACAACCAGUCUGUAGGAAAGUGCUUGUCAUCAAGUCCCUCUCGUUGCAUGCCGAGGCAUUCGGGAGACAACUGUGUGGCUGAAUGCCCAGCUCAGAAACUGUCUUUCAAGGAUAUGGAUGACAUGGAAUUUCACCUGUCCAAAAGCCACCAUUGUUGGACCUAUGCCAAAUACUUUGUGAUUGCUCCAUUUGCCAUGGGUCCCCUUGUCAGAAGGCUUAUUAGCGUGUUCCUGAUCCAGGAAUGGUCGCUUGGUGCCAUGGGUGGCCUGAAGCUUGCGGUCGCAAUGAUGCUUUUGGCGUCAGUUGCUGCGGGUAUCUUCCCGAUGUAUUUCGCUAUCUCGCAGUAUCUCAAAGUCGUCCAGAGCCAGGCCAACAAGUGCAACUUCACUGGGCACUUUAGCUGUUGGAACUGGUACAGCUUGUUAUCACACGUGUGGUUCUGUAUCCUUGGACCUUUCUUCAGCCUCGGCGCGGUCUUGAAGCUUUUCUGGUUUCUUCGAGGCGCUGGAGCUGCAGAUGAGCUUGAGAGUAGCUGGUAUUGGCACUUGCAUGGGACGUCCAUGUACAUCUAUGCAACGUUGUCUUAUGCAGUGCUCAAGAAAUCCCGGGACCCAAAUUGCAUGCUUCAGGCCCGCACGCUGAAGCCAAGUUUUCCAGGCUGGGAACAAUCCUACCUCCUAAAAGAGCUCAACGAAGACCACCCCGACUGGCAAAUGACACCUUACUUGAAGCUGUGCGGUGGAAACGUGGAAAAUGUCAAGACGAUCAAGAAGGAGAUGCGUGAAGACGCAACUCUUCCCCACGUCGAGCAAGCCUGGAAAGUGUUGUCAAAGAUCCCGACACAGGAUUCGGCACAGGAACUGUUAGUCGUUUGA